CGUGUAAGCUUUGAGGUUAUAAAAUGUGAGCGACGCUAAGUAGGAAAAGUUUUGGAUAAUUUCGCAUCGCCUCAGGCUGUUGAUCUCUCCACUCGCGCCAGCGAUUCUUUACCGUAAUUCUUUUACCUGGGUCCGACUGCUGGACGUAUAUGUAUCACCUGUAAUGAAGAUGUCACUACUACUUCCGAGGGCGCAUCUCUCAAGUAUCUACACAAUUUUUGGGCGCAGGAAUUACAGUAUUGUCAAGAACUGGAAUGAGUCACAGAUCAUCACUGACCGUCGGUCCAAAUUCCAGGCUCGCCAUGUUGAGAUUAGUGACCUAACGGAAAUUCCGGAGAUUCUCCGCCAGUUCUUGGCAGAUCACAAAAGUAUCGCAAAAAACUCUUCACAUCCCCAUAUGCUAGCAUGGAGGACAGGGCAGCUCUCCUCCGCUGAUCCGGGCCAAGAUCCCGUGUAUACUAAUAUUCAGCAAGGUUUCAAAGACUGUGGAGAGAAAGGUGCAGGAAGCAAGAUCCUAGACGUGCUUAUCUCUCAAAACGCCAUGAACAAGCUUGUCAUCGUGACCCGCUGGUUUGGCGGGUCUCAUUUGGGUUCUCUGCGAUUUAGACACAUUGUCAAUUGCAGUGCGGAGAGCUUGCGAAAGGGCUCACAUGGCGAGCAGCGUUGCCUGAAGAGAAAAACGAGAUAGACUGGGGUUUCUUGUGAGUUACAUGAGAGCUCCCACAUGGGUGGAGUGAAAAUCGAGUAUACUUAGGCUUGAUGGCCGAAGGGUCUAAAUCACGUUUUAUGGUGCCAUCAUUCUACC